UCAAGGGGAAGACUCUGGUUUCAUGAUUGGAGGGAGCUAAGGUAUGUGAACACACAGGCUUCUUAUCCCGGGAAUGUUUCAUUGAUCGUGUAUCGGCGGUGUAGCCUUGUUUGCAAGUUCUAUCUUUUUGUUUGGUUUUCCAAGUUACAUCGUAGAUUACUUGCUGUUCCUCUACGACCAAUUCAGGAUUAAUCUUGUGGGAAUGACUCCAAGUGGUCAUAGAGUGGAAGUUAAGAAUCUGUCACAUAAUGCAACUGAGAAGGACCUCUAUGAUUUCUUUUCCUUCUGUGGUGCAAUUCAACACGUUGAAAUUAUAAGAGCUGCUGAACAUGCUUGUACUGCCUAUGUAACUUUCAAAAAUUCGCAUGCUGCGGAAACUGCUGUUUUGAUCAGUGGUACUAACAUAUUGGAUCAACCUGUAUCCGUAACCUACUUGGGAUAUCAUGAAGAUGAUCACAAUCCCUGGAAUCAUUAUUCAUGGAAGAUCGAAGAUGAAAGCAGCUUUUCUAAUCAGCAGCAGUCUCAAGGAUGCAAAGGUGCUUCAUCAGCUGGCGGAGCCAUGUCUUUGGCUCAAAACGUGGUCAAAACAGCAGUUUCUAAAGGGUACAUGCUCGGAAAAGGCGCAUUCAACAGAGCUAAAGCAUUCGAUGAUUCUCAUCAAGUAUCGGCCACUGCAGCAUCCAAGAUUACUAACGUGAGCGACAGGAUCGGUUUGACUGAUAAGAUAUUUUACGGCGUCGAAGCUGCCAGAUCCGUCAACCAAAAAUACCGCAUUUCAGAUACAACAAAGUCAGCCGUCUCGGCUACUGGUAGAACUGCAGUUUCAGCAGCAAACACGGUGGCAAGCAGCACCUACUUUUCUAGGGGAGCCCUUUGGAUAUCUGGCGCCCUAAACCGAGCAUCUCUAGCUGCUGCCGAGCUCGGCAGCCGUGGUGCUAACAAAUAGGUUAGUUCAGCCAAGAAAGAUUCAGUUAUAUUCAGCACAUUCGUUUAUAUAGAUAAUAACACGUAGUUGUGCUGUAUAAAUGUACUAAUUGUGAUGAAUUAAGUAUAGAUGGUGUUACUUUUUUUUUUUUUUUUUAUUAUAAUAUGCGAA